CCAGAACACAUAACUUUCGAAGGUGACAAGCAGCAAACAAAUUUUCCGUUCUCGCCGAGUCUUGUUGUUUUGGGGAUAUUUUCCAACUCAAAAACUGGUGCGUUUCAGUUCCUUUACAGACGCAAGACGCGUAAUAUUCGAUCGGUGUAACGGUGAACAGAAUCGGCAGCGGGAAAACCGAACGCGGCGAACUCAGCUGAUUGAAUGAAAACGCCAAGCUGAGCAGCAGCCACAAUUGCCAUUGCCCCAACCAGCGCUCAUUGAGAGAGGGAGCCAACGAGAGAGCGAGCAACAAGCAACUGCAGAGCGAGAAGAACUGUCCGUCGGGCUUCCAAGAUGGGUUCUGGUGAUGCAGAGAACGGCAAGAAGAUAUUUGUGCAGAAGUGCGCCCAGUGCCACACCUACGAAGUGGGCGGCAAACACAAGGUGGGCCCAAAUCUUGGCGGGGUCGUGGGUCGCAAGUGUGGCACAGCAGCGGGAUACAAGUAUACCGAUGCCAAUAUAAAGAAGGGCGUUACCUGGACAGAGGGGAAUUUGGACGAGUACCUCAAGGACCCGAAGAAAUACAUUCCCGGAACAAAGAUGGUGUUCGCAGGUCUUAAAAAGGCUGAGGAGCGGGCCGAUUUGAUUGCCUUCCUCAAGUCAAACAAGUAGAAUCGCCUGCGAAACAACAAGAUCGGCCACCAUGCUAUCCAGAAAACUGCGCUUAAAGACUACAAACAUAUUCAAAAGAUGACGUAUUUCACUUGGAUUUCGAAACUUUGAUUGGGAAUGGUCGAGCUCAAAUACAUUUCAAAAAGGUUUACUUUCACUUUAGCCAAUUAAAGUUGAUAAACC